GUGGCAAGGACGUUUAGUGGGCCCCUAUUAUUGGUGGAAUUGAUGGACAACCGCGGCAUCAAAGCACAGAUGAAAUGGAAUUAAAAGAAAUCUCCAACACGGGGCGAGCAUCAGUGACAAAACCAAGCAUUCUUUGAUCAUGGAUUCAACAAAACUGAAACAGUUUUUAUUACUCAGGGAAUUCGAACAACAACAAAUUACUAUAAACCACGACAAGUUGCAAACUUUAGAUUCGGAACGUAAACCGAAUAUUAUAUUCGAAUCCGAUGGAUUCAAGUCUAUUGAGAGGCGAGGUUCUUCAACGGCCUCCUCCGAUUCAGGUUUUCCAAUUUCACCAAGCACCCCUCCGUGUGUCAAUUCCAAGACACCAAAGUCUGGGACUCGUGUUCCUCCGAAUUUCCCGACCGACAACGACCCUAACGACCGAUCAGACGACGAAUUAGACAUUCCUCCACUUCCUGCAUCUCGUCCACCGGAAGACUUGGAACGGCCAUUUUCGCCGGAAGCAUUAGUUACCUUACAUUCUGACAAAAAACCACAAAUUUCUCUUGCACCUGAAAAUAGCAGAGAACUCGAUGACUCAAAGACUGAUUCUAGUUGUACAUCAGCCAGUGAGAGUUCGGAUGAGUCGGAUUCUUGCAAUCAUUACGUAGUUACAAAGGAUACGUCACAGCAACCUCGACCAAAAGACCAUAGACUGCCUUUUGAGAUUUCAAAAUUGGAAGGAAGUGUAAAAUCUAUGAGAAAUAAAAUAAGACCAGGAACUGUGCAAAACAUAACAACGCUAUUCACAAACAAAGCCAGGAGAAUCAAGAGAGAAAAUAAAAAGAGAAAGCGUAGACCUUUUCCUCAUAACACGGACAAUGGGGAACAUUGCACACAGAAUAUUCAAGAGAAAGGUUCGGUAAUCCUAGAUCUUGAACAAAAUGACAAUGGUUCUGAAGUUGUUCAACAAAAUAGUGAUUCAGACUCUUCUAGUGCUGGCAGUGAACAUGACUCUGAGAUAAGUGACCAUCUGCAAAGGAAACAGGUGCUUGAUUCUGAGUCGUCAGUUUCAGACUCUGAAGAUGUCCCGCAAUUCACUUUCUCUGCUGAAACGCUAGGGCAACAAAAAUCACACAUGAAUUGUGGGACGAAUAACGAUAAAGCAGAUAGAGAGAAAGACGAGGAGUUAUUUACUGUGAAAACUGUGAGGGCUAAAGACCAGAUUGUCCUUGAAAACAAGGAUAAACAAACAAUUUCUGCAGAGUUAAAGAGAAAAGACGGAACGUUGAAAUCGUAUGGUGAGAAAAAUGUAGAUUUGCAUCAAAGCGAUCAGGAAAAUGGACCAGUAAAAGAGGAAAUUUUCACAAAAGUUAGAAAUGAUGCAAAUGAAACCCAACCUUUGCCAACACAAUUACAGGAAAGGAACCUGUUUUGUAAAUCUGAUACAAAUGACAAAGCAGAUGGAUUAGUUCAAGAAUAUGUCGUGCGUGAUAUCAAUCAGAAUAAUAAAAGUGAAUCAAAUAUCUUGAAUUACAGUGCCUGGGUCACACAGCCUGAGAGCUCUGUUGGGGAUCUUGAUCGAGAUGAACUACCCGAUAUCCCUGAUGUUCAUAAUAAACAGGAGACGGAGUCCAGCUCAUCAAGCGAUAACAGUGAAUCAGAGACAGCAGACGACCAAAACAGUGACGAUUCCACGUCAAUGAAUACACAAUUCAAAGACGAAUCCAAACUGUUGGUUCCGCAUUCCAAAGAUGGAUCUAAAGUUGAUUACGAGGACAGUGUUGUUGAGGAACAGUUAUUGGAAUUACAGAAGGCCGUGGAAAGAAAUAAUGCCUUACUGAGCCAAAGUCUGGAGGAGAACUCUAAAUUACUGGAUUUGAUGGAUGAUGACGACAGUGAAAUAAAUAUCGAUAUGCAUUCAAAUAAACGAGGGACUCUACCAUCCACCGUGAAUAGCAAACCGAAUGUUAGUGAAAGUGUCAGAUACUCAGAGAGUGCGGAAACUAAAGGCGGGUAUAAAAGUGUGAUCAACUUGAAAAAGAGCGACAAAAGUGAACGACCCAAGGAUAAAGAGACCAACAAUAACAGAGACAACUCUACCGGAAGUCAUUUAGUGACUGGGAAGUUUACAGAUCAAGUGGAUUUUGAGACUACGAGUAAUGCGGCGACGUGUGGCGAUCUGACCAAUGUAUCGAUAUCUGACGAUAGCCAGUGCGUGCCGUCGGAUCAUUCAGGGUCUAUGAAUAUCGAAGCGAAAAACAGCAGCAGUUUGAACGAUUCCAGUGUAUCGGCCGAGUUUAGUUUCAGCAGUAACAGCGCCAAUGCUGAACGGUCAGAGUCUCCUGGUGUCGAACCGGCAUCCGAAAGGACCGAAAACGAGAAUUGCCAUUUGACCGAGAGUGGUUACACAGCAUCACAAAAAAUAUUCAUUCACAAUCCAAACCCCAGGACUGCUAAAGUAGGUGAAACUGAACCGCAUCGUGCCGUGCUGUGUAAUCCGGGCAUAAAUCAAGAUGAUGAAAACGAAAAAACAAAAGUGUUACAACAGGAAUGUGAGGAUGUGAAUAACGAAGUUUGUAAAAGUGAAACGCCGUCAUUUAUCAAACGUAAUACCUCAGAACAAGCGGGCAGCGAUGCAUGGUAUGCUCGGGGCCCUCAACACGUGACGGGAGUGACAGCUAACGCAUCUACAUACACUACACCUUGCCAACAGGUAUCAGACAGCAAUACACAUCCGAGCGAGCAGCAACACAGUCCCGGUGUUCCCGAGUUUUAUACUUUGCCAGGAACUUUUAAAACCGACAAAAUUGUGUCCCUCAAGGAAUUGUCCGGCAUCGCCCGGUCGAUGCCGGACCGGUACUCCGGGUACACGUCUUCCGGAUCCGAUAGCUCUAGUUACACGGGAGGUCGGAAGGUCCGGACCAAGACUACAACUCUGCGGUCAGGGAGAGAUAGCGACAGGGUGGGAGAAAAUGUGGACCUAGAAUCCAAUGUCCAUUUAAAACACUUAGCUGAAACCAUUUCUAAACUGAAUGGGGAAAAUAACGACGAACUAUUGCCGGAAAUUAACCAGACGGUGACUAAAUUACCAGGUGGGAAUUUGGUCAUUACGACAUUAACACACAAGAUUGUGGAAGAAGAAGAUGAUGAAAAAGAGAUUUCUCCUCCACCCGAUAUGGAAGAGGAUGAUCGGCGGUAUAUCAUCCAGGACCACAAAGGAAACUACUACAUGGUGGAAGAUAUUACUGAUGAAUCGCAAGAGAGCGCGUACUACAGCUCUUCCAUGGAAUCACACAAUGCUUCAGAUGGCCAUAGAAACAACCAAAAUUUCAAAGGUAUUUACAACUUGCAGGCUGUUGGGAAAACUGGAAUCGACUAUGACACGGCAGAGGAAGUGUUGCUGGGAUUGUACAAUCCUGGUGGAAGUAUGCAGAUCCAGGAAAUUGACGAACGUACGGGAGAGGGCCAUUAUCUCCAUGAACGGUACCAUUCUGGCGGCCAGUAUGGCACCAUGUCGUCUGAUAGCUCUUACAACCGACAAAUGACGAGUUAUGACGAGACAGACAAAGUCCAUCGCCCAGUGCCCCAAACUGUCGGUUCAACAUCGGUUAAAACGGUACGACAUUCCUACGAGAUGGAAGGGGAGGAAGGGGAACAGGAGGGGGGAUACAGACGCUGCGAGGCCAUGCAGACAUCUCAAUCUAAUGCCGACAACGCGGGUAUGAGCAACUCUAAUUCCUCUUACAUGAUGGAGUCUAGUGCUAUGAUGUACCCUCCCGUCCUCCCCCCGCCAAUGAUCGUACCCCCACCCAUUGCCCCUGUCUACCAUAUGGCGGUUGUUGAUGUCACUCCAUCUCCCCCUAAGAUUGAGGAGACCCGAGAGGAGAGAAAAGAAAUAGUCGAGGUAAAACCAAAGGAUGUUGAGCGACCCAUUUACAAGUCAGUCGCCUUGGUCAAAGGACCAUAUGAAGCACCAAAAUGGCAGAAACAACGCAAGGAAUUCAUACCGGCGGAUAUUGAUGAUAAGCGAUGUGUGAUUUUGAAUAGUAAAGCCACCGAGGAUAAACAUGAGGAAACUGUGGAAGAAGUAACGACGAAGGAGUAUUACACCAUGAAAAUGUCGUCUGGAGGAGUUACAGAGAAUAGCUUUAAUGACAGUUCGUACAUGGAGACGGGUUCUCCACACAGAUUCAAAACUGAAAAGGUGUUUCUUGUUAAUGGUACAGCACCCUCCCCCGUUAUGGAAAGUCAACAUUCCCACAGAUACAAUGUUAUGAACGAAAGUAGGCCUGUACAUAUUUCCGAAAGUCAGCAUUCCCACGGAUACAAUAUAAUGAACGAAAAUAGGCCUGUACAUAUUUCCGAAAGUCAGCAUCCCCAUGGAUACAAUAUUAUGAACGAAAAUAGGCCUGUACAUAUUUCCAAUGAUUCCAGACAAAAGCAUUCAACUAAGUAUCAUGUCAGAAGCGAUUUUGAACGUUACCAUGACAACCACCCGGUUCGGAUGGAAGCAACCCCAGUUCAAGCCGAAGCUUACCAAACUCGUUCUGGCAGUCAUGAAGACAUUCGUGUCGUCCGAGGAAAUAUUUUGAUCAAGAAUACUCUCGACCAGGAUUUAGACGAAUAUAACGAUAAUAUUAAUUUGUUUGACCAAGCCUUCAACAUGACAAAGGAGAACCCCCUUUAUCAUAGUGACGAGGACAUUUAUAAGCGCUUUGAGCGGGAGAGGGAGCACGAUCGCUCAAGCAGCCAACGCAUCCAAAACAGCGUUAACAACGACAUCACUUUUGAUACAGUUGACCGCUUCACGAAGUGUAAAGAAGUCAAGAGACAGCCUCGCCCAAAAAAGAACCUGAGUGAGUUGUUACUAUCCAAGCUUGCUACCAUCGACUCCAAGGAUAUUCGACAACAUAUCGAUGUCAAGCAUCACCACGAGGACAUAUAUGGUGACCUCAACUUAGUUCACGCUGACGGCAGUCGCGCCGGGCAGUUCGGAACCUCCAACUUCGACUCGGUGGCUGAAAAUGUAGAUCUUAUGCUAAAGAACGGGAAGGCGUUCAUAACAGUCACCGUCACAGCAGAACGAAUUACGCCGAUCGACAUCGAGUUUAACGUGUGGAGGAAGAACCAAGCCAUCGUGACCCGGGUUAUCGAAAUCGACCUUUUCGCCAACGAGCAGCGCAGACGUCUGUACGAGACGGUGAUGGAGAGAGCGCAGACGCAGGAGACCGGAAACGGUGGAUACACGUACGUCAACCCGCGGGAGACGGUGCUCUCUAGUGAGGAGACGUUGGACUUGUUUACCGAGAUCAUGGACGCGGCAGAUGGGGAGGGAGACAAGGAAGACAUUACCGUGCGGAAAAGUCAAAGGAAAACCAGGGUACCCGGGAAUAACCUCGACUUCCUGUACUAAAUUGUACCAAAUACCAUGUGAAAGAAUUUAUAUACCUCCUGUUUCGGUAUUUCGGUUAGGAGGACAAUUUCAAGCGUCGAUAGUGCUAUAAGCACUGUGAUAUUACAUGCAAUGAAGACCAGUUUCGGAAUGUUUACAUAUUUCUCUUUGCCAUCUAAGUAAACAUUACGGCAUGAUAAAUCAAGAAAGUUCAUUAAAACUUCCAGCAUAACAUUGUUGAAGACACAAAGGGAAGAUUUAUAUCUAUUUUUAUCGUGAUAUGGAGCAACUUUUCUAUUUAUACAGUAGUGAUAUUUAUUACAUGUAUCAUAAACGAACUUCAAUUGAAUGUAUACCUGCUUGAAAGUGCUGCUUUGUAUUCUGCUUGUUUAUCUACGCAAUUUAAAAAUGAACUAAAGGCAAUAUAUAUUUAAUUCGGUGAUAACUAAAUGGCUGUUGACUAGGUCAGACUAUACUGGCCACCAAUGUAUAUUCUACACAACAAAAUGUAGACGACUACUUCUCAUUGCAUGCUUUAAAGUGUCCAUUAUGUAUUGAGUUUAGACCCUGCAGUACUUACUUUCAAACAGUGUACAAAUUUGUUAUUUAACAUUUUAUUAUGAAAUAAAUAUACAAACAAUGUG